AUGCCCCAGUACCGCAACGGCCAGAGCGUCCUCUACAAGCCCAUCGGCGGCCGCGACUCGAACACAGCCGAGAGCACUGGGACCAUCCGCUCCGUGCUCACCGAGCCGGGCAACCAGGCUGGUCGCAAUGUGCAAGCCUCCGAGGACGAUCCCAGAUACGAGAUUGAGAAUAACAAUACCGGCAAGUCCUCGACCAUCUAUGAGAGUAAUAUCCUUGGUCCGGCUUAG